UCCUGCCUAGAUCAGUUUGACGAUAGUUUCGUACUCGAGCUGGACGGUGCACGGCCACUGACGCCACGCAAAUCGCCACACCUGUUGCGCCGCGGCUCGUUUACUCGCUUGAGCAAGAUCAACCGCCAACCUACCACGAUCGCUGCUAGCAAGCUGGCGGCUACCGGAGGACUGUCCAGCAUCAUUGCGGGAAGUUUUGCCUCAUCGCGCAAAAAGUUUGUUGGCGUGCGUAAACGCGUGCUGAGGCUUAUACCGCGUCGCUCGUCGUCGCCGGGGUACAGCAAACUGUGAGAGCAAACGGUGUAUUAUGGUGCUGCGUGAUACCUCGUAGAAGGGGGGGAGCUACCUUUGAAGCAGAGUGUUUUCUUCUUCUAGAGGGAAGAUUAUUUAUUUCGACAGACGGCGAGCUGUUGGGGGUAUAGAUAGGAAAUAGUUUGGGAGAGAUAGUUAAGACUGUUAAGACAAAAGAUAAAUAGGUUCAAGUGCGGUUAGACAUAAGCGUGUUCGGGAAUAAGACUAGAAUCAGACCAAAAAAAACAACUUAUAAAUACGAUAUACCAUCAAAGUUGCGUGAUGAACAUUGAGCAAGCUUUUAGAUCAAUUAGCAUCUGACUGAUCUCUAGAGGGGUCACGAGAAAGGUGAAUAACAAAUCAGUUUAUGUGCGUCACAACAAGCAAGGGGUAAAUAGGGGCAAUUGGUUAUAAAAUAUAAAAUGUGUGAUGCGAAAUAUUCAUUACAGUGUUGGCUUUCAAACCAUGUGUAUUUUACUAAACACAAACAAAAUUAGUCAAAGGAAAUAGCUGCAUUUUUUAGCUAUAACUAGUUCCGAAUAACGAAUUUCCGUAACGUUAUAUUUAAAUCGUUCAAUGUGCUUUGGUUACCCGCCACGAGAGGGCGCUUGAUAUAGUUUGUCUUCGCCGUGGUUCAUUCCCCGAACGCGCGUUCAUUUUUUGACAGUUCUCAACAGAUGUAAACAAACAACGCGUUCCCGGUACUGUUUGGUGCAAAAGUUACAGGAUAUCGUGUUAGGGACCGGUGUGGAGAAUCGUUGUCUUCCACAAGAAUUAUAAAAUAAACAUCGUUAUUUAGUUAAUGAUCUAGUUAAAACUCUGUGUGCUGGUGGGAGAGCGUUGAGCCUGGCAGUUGGGCAAAAACACGUGCGACGAAAUGGAACUGGAGGAAGCCACCAUCACUGCACCAUUGGGCGCUACCAAAAACAUUUACUGGUCAUCGUUAAUCGCAGGUGGUGUGGCCGGCCUGGUAGUGGACGUUGUACUAUUUCCCAUCGACACCAUCAAAACACGUUUGCAGAGCGAGCGAGGGUUCGUCGCUUCCGGUGGAUUCCGCGGUGUGUACAAAGGGAUUGGCCCAGCGGCAGCCGGCAGCGCCCCAACGUCGGCACUCUUCUUCUGCACCUAUGAAAGUAUGAAAUCACACCUUCGGCAGUAUGCCACCAGCAACGAUCAGCUACCGUACGUGCAUAUGGUGUCGGCCGCUGCUGCCGAAGUUGUGGCCUGCCUCAUCCGUGUCCCGAUCGAAAUCGCCAAACAACGGCGCCAGGCGCUACUCCACAAGGGCAAUGCAUCGUCGUUGGAAAUACUGUACGGAGCGCUCCGGAAGGAAGGCAUCCGGAAGGGGCUGUACCGUGGUUUCGGUACGACGGUGUUACGCGAUGUGCCUUUCUCGCUGAUACAGUUCCCGCUGUGGGAGUACUUCAAGCUACACUGGACUGAGGUGACCGGUACCGCGUUAACACCCCUCUCGGUGGCGAUUUGUGGUGCGAUAUCCGGUGGUAUUGCGGCCGGCCUUACAACGCCACUCGAUGUGGCGAAAACACGCAUCAUGCUAGCGGAACAGCUCGAAAGCAACCGGAUGGGUGGCAUGGGCCGGAUACUGCGCAACAUCUACCGGGAGCGUGGGAUUCGUGGUGUGUUUGCUGGGUUCGUUCCACGGGUAACGUGGAUCACGCUCGGUGGUGCCAUCUUUUUCGGCAUGUAUGACCUGACGUUACGCUUCCUGAACGCGAACGACGACCGGUGAAGGCAGCAGCGUUUGGGAGGCGGACCAAGGUACGUAACCAAAGAACACAGCGUUUAGUUAAUUCAGUAAUGAAAUGUUGGAUGUAAUCGAACAUGGUGUAGAUGAACAAAUGUAUCGUAAUGGUACACAACCAAAUCCGUAGAACGUA